AUGAACAAGUACGAGGUGCUCGGCAUCGUCGGCGAAGGCGCGUACGGCGUCGUGCUCAAAUGCCGCAACAAGGAGACGGGCGAGAUCGUCGCCAUCAAAAAGUUCAAGGAGAGCGAAGAGGACGAGACGGUGCGGAAAACGACGCUGCGCGAAGUCAAAGUGCUCAAGAUGCUCAAGCAAGACAACAUUGUCAACCUCAAGGAGGCAUUCCGAAGAAAAGGCAAGCUCUACCUCGUGUUCGAGUACGUCGAGAAGAACUUGCUCGAGGUCCUGGAGGAGAGACCCGCGGGCCUCGACCACGAGCUCGUCCGGCGCUACGUCUACCAGCUCAGCCGCGCGAUCGCCUACUGCCACGAGAAUGGCGUUGUGCACCGCGACAUCAAGCCCGAGAACCUCCUCGUCAACUCGGACCACUCGCUGCGGCUCUGCGACUUUGGCUUUGCGCGGCUCGUGGCCGACUCGCACUCGUUGGAGCUCACCGACUAUGUCGCAACACGCUGGUACCGGUCCCCCGAGCUCCUCCUCGGGUCGACCAAGUAUGGGAAGAGCGUCGACAUUUGGGCCAUCGGGUGCAUCAUGGGCGAGCUCCUCGACGGCCAGCCACUCUUUCCCGGCGAGUCGGAGAUCGACCAACUGUACAUGAUCCAGAAGAUGCUGGGGCCGCUCACGCCCGACCACAUGGAGCUCUUCCUCUCCAACCCGCGCUUUGCGGGCUUGAAGUUCCCCGACAUGACUCGCCCCGAUACGCUGCAAAAGCGGUUUAUGGGCAAGGUCCCAAAGCGUGCCAUGGCCUUUCUCAAAGGCACGGUGCAGCUGGGACCGGAUGAACGCAUGACAGCGGCCGAGUGCGUCUCGCACCCGUACUUUGAAGGCCUCGAGAAGGACGUGCUUGGCGGCGAGGGCAACCAGGCCAUGACACCACCGCCGACCAAGCCGCUUCUGCGGCUCGACGAAAGCACAAGCGGACAGCCCAGAUGGCAUCAGUAG